UUUCAAACUCCGUAGAACGCCAUGAAGUCCAUUAGCGCAACCGCAUUGCUCCUCAUCGCCGGGGUCGAGGCCGCCAGUCACGCCCACCGUCAUGGGCACCACGCGGCCGUCGAAAGAGCCGUCCAGGCGACCAAGAAGACCGGAAGCUGUCAGUUUCCCUCGGACGCGGGCCUGGUGGCCGUCACCCCGGGCGAGCUGAACGGGGGCUGGGCCAUGAGUCCGGACCAGGAGUGUACGCCCGGCGGAUACUGCCCGUACGCCUGUCCACCCGGGCAGGUUUCCAUGCAAUGGGACCCCGAGGCCACCUCGUACUCUUACCCGCUGUCGAUGAACGGCGGUCUGUACUGCGACGAGGACGGCAUCAUCCAGAAGCCCUUCCCGAAGAAGCCGUACUGCCAGGACGGCACGGGAGCUGUGAGCGCGAAGAACAAGUGCUCCAGCCAUGUUUCGUUCUGUCAGACCGUCCUACCGGGCAACGAGGCCAUGCUUAUCCCCACCUUGGUGCAGGAGCUGGAGACCCUCGCCGUGCCGGAUGUCGAGUACUGGCUCGAGACUGCGGCGCACUUCUAUAUCAACCCACCCGGCUAUAGCACCGACACGGCCUGUGUCUGGGGAACUUCGUCGAGCCCAAUCGGCAAUUGGUCGCCUUAUGUGGCCGGUGCCAACACCGACGCCUCGGGCAACACGUACGUGAAGAUCGGAUGGAACCCGAUCUACCUGGAGUUGACGACGCCCUUCCGCGACGUGGUGCCCGACUUUGGCGUGGAGAUCGAGUGCGAGGGCGACAGCUGCAACGGACUUCCCUGCAAGAUCGAUCCGGAUGUGAACGGGGUCAACGAAAUGACGGGCUCCAGCUCGAUCGGCGCCGGAGGGGCCGCGUUCUGCGUGGUCACGGUUCCCAAGGGCGAAUCGGCGAACAUUGUUGUGUUUGACAAGGCGGGCUCGUCUGAGAGCAGCAGCACUGUCAGCAGCGUUGUGGCCAGCAGCAGCAGCAGCAGCAGCUCAAGCAUUAAGAGCACCAGCACUUCGAGUACCUCGACCAGUGCCUCGACCAGCACCAGCACCAGCAGCACCAGCAGCACCAGCAGCACCAGCACUAGCACCAGCACUUCGGCUACUCCCACCAGCACCAGUACCAGCACUAGCACCACCAGCUCAUCCAUCGCUUCCAGCACCAGUUUCAGCACCGCUUCGAGCACCUCCAUCGAAGGUAGCAGAACCACCACCAUCUUCUCCACCACUAUCAUCUUCAACCCCACGCGGAUCCCCAUUCAAGGCCCCUCAUCGGGCUGGAAAGUGAGCUCAUCUGCCGCCGCCGAGUCCGCCAGCUACACGUACGCGCCGCACGCUUUCGUUGAAACCGGCCAUGUGCAGAUGGAAGCGGUUGCUCAGAGUGGCAGCGAAGUCAGCGAAGCAUCUGCGACGCCGACCGUCAUGGCGGCGGCUCAAGGAGGCGCCAGCAGCAAGACGGUGUCGACGCUGGGGUUGGUGUUGGCGGUGAUUGGCGCCGUGCUGAUGGUUUAGACAGCAUGUCUGACCUGAUCAUUCACUAUAUUAAUUUUGUUUCUUCUUCACUUCACUUCGACAGGAACAUUUUACCUUAUAUUAUUGUAUACCCUUAUGAUACGAUGUUCUUGUAUAUUAUUGAUUGAUGAGUUUUGAUGUUAAUAUUAAUCUUCUUCUUUUGACAAUAG